CUGCUUUUUGGUGUUUAAUUACCAGCCCUUGCAUCAGUUUCCUGAGUUCGAGUUCUGAUGCAACUGACUUCCUCUAUUGAGACAAUAACACCACCGCUGUCUGGCACUACUUAGUCUACUAGAAUACAAAAGAAACAGUCAAAUCAUUCACAUCAAAUUCAAGAAAAUGGAAUCAAUGACCACAGUCGUUAUAUACUCAGCCAGUGGGCUCCUGAUCCUGUGCCUAGCAGUAGCUGCUUUCCUUGCCUUCACUGUCUACACAUACUACCACGGCAAGAAAUACUCGCACAUCCCGUCACCCAAGAAAUCAAACUUUUAUUUGGGACACUUACCGGACGCUAUUCGCAUGGGAAAUGAAGAAGCACCGAUGCAAGUGUUGUUAGCUAAAUGGCAGGCUGAUUGCAGUAGCUCCAUCUACGUUGUACAUUUGCUCACCCAAGCAAUGGUUGUGGUAACCGACCCAGACGUCAUUAAGGACAUCGUAAUGCAACCAAAGAAUCCUAAAUCAUCGUACAUGAUGAACAAGUUUAGGUACUUGUUUGGAGAAAGAUUCAUGGGCAGAGGCAUAUUUUCUAUUCCUGAUUACGACGUGUGGAAACCAAGGAGACGCAUGUAUGACUCAGCAUUCAAGAAAAGCUAUUUGGAAGGUAUUCUUCCUGCAUUCAAUAGCUGUAUUGAUCUGUUCCUUGAGAAGCUAGCACCCUUUACUGAUGGAGUGACCCCAGUCCCUAUGAAAGAACACCUCUCUGAGGUUACGCUGGACGUCAUUAGCAAGGUUGCUUUUGGUACUGACUUUACCAAGAGUUGGAACACCCACAUGUUGGGAUUGACACCGAAUAACCAAAAUGGAAAGCUGACAUUUCUGAUAAAUAGCAGUUUACGUGGUUUGCAAAAGAGUCUCAACCAACAUGUUUCAGGUACGUAUAGCGUUAAAUUUAAGAGUUCAUAACUUUAGUUCCAUUGGUCGUAACAGAUAGAAAGAUUAGAUAUCAUAUUACUAGAAUAUUUUGCUGGUGAAAAACUUGUGCAUUAGCAAAAUCAGCAGAAAAUUUGACCUUUUACAAUCUAACUAUUGCGUUCUGGCAAGG